AUAAUGUGUCCCUGGAUAGCCCUUGAAGUCUAGUUGACGUAUUGGGUGGUUUAUGUGCGAAGAGAGGGAUAGUUUCAGAUAAAAACCGAGCUUGAGUGAACUGCUGCGCAUAAACUCGAGCAGGGAGAGGGAGGUAUUGUCCGGUUCGUAUAUUGAGCUCCAGUUGUCCAAAUAAGACGUGUGAGGUUUCUAAGGAAAGCUCUCGAGACGAGGAAUCCGUGAAGGUCUGUUUUGCAUCAAACGAAGUUGUGGAAGGCCUCCAAAUCGUCCGAACAAAACACAACCUCGCAGAAUCGGAUCUUCCUUUCCAAAGUUAGGGAGCGAAUUCGGCGGAAAACACCCGUUCUAGGGGCUGUUUUCGUGUCUUCAGCUAGGAGUUGAAAAAGCACCUUGAAGAGGCUGUUUAACACCUAUUUUUAAGCAAGGAAUCAGUUCUUAAUCCACCUUGUCCGAAGCUUUGACCGUUGGAUCAAGAAGGAGAAAUUUAAAGCUCAUUUAAGGUUGAGGUUAGAGCUUGCUACCUGUGCUUGUUGAUCGGGCGAUCAUCUCGGAGGGGAAGACUUGAAAUGGACGGUGGUGGCAAGGUUACGAGAAGGAACCCGACGGGCCGUGCACCGGUGGGGACCGGGCAGGGGAGCCGUGGGGCCUCUAGAGUGUCUAGAGGGGCGAGCCGUGGAGGCCGAUCGCACUCUGUAAGCGACGGCCAUGUUGACAUCGAGGAUGAAACCUACUGGUCCUAUGAGGACUCGACUUACCUGCCGGAGACCGAGCCGGUUGAGACCCCUUACGAAGGGGAUGAUGAUGAUAUGAGUGAUGAAGAUGGGGAGAAUGACUCCCUAGCAAGAAUUGAGGCGCUGCUCUAGCAAUACCAGCGGGAGCGUGAAGAGAGGAGAGAACGCCGAAGGCGCCGAGGAGGGCAAACUUCGGGUAGGGCUUCAAGAGGGAGAAGCCAUGGUGACUUUAGGGCCCACAUUGAACCACAUGGGGGCCGGAGUGAUGGAGGUCCAAUCAUAAGGAUCUCAAAAUUUCUCAAGGAGGCGAGGGACUUGGGGUGCAAACCCUUCAAUGGAACGAGUGACAUCUCGGUCGCCGCGGAAUGGAUCAAAACGCUGAACGAAGCAGCCCUUGAUAUGCAACUCACCCCCGAGUUUAAACUCAGGGUGGCGGUGAGAUUGCUUGAAGGGAUGGCGUCCACAUGGUGGGAUGGGGCCAAGGGCAAGUAUGGCAGAACCGUGACUUGGGAGAAUUUCCGACAGGAGUUCUUUGCUCAAUACUAUUCUGAUUUUGAGGUGAACGCUAAGAGGAGAGAGUACACCCUCCUGACCCAAGGUGGCAAAAUGACGGUGAGGCAACUUGAACACAAAUUCAGGGAGCUAGCCGAGUUCAUACCAGAGUAUGUUUGCGAUGAGAACCGAAUGGUUAACCAUUUCUGGGAUGCCCUGGAUUUGGAAAUACGUGAGAGGGCAACACAAUUGCCCAACAUGACCUUCAGUCAAGUAGUUGAACAAGGGUUGAAGGGAGAGAAGGAAUGGGAAGAAAGAAAGAUAAAAAACGCCGAAGAGGCGAAGAAGAGAAAGUGGGAGAACCAUGGACCUCAAGGUCCUAACAAAAAGGGGAAUCAUGGAGGAGGAGGAUCCUUUCGGGCACCCCCACUACCACCUAGGGGAAGCCAAGGCCUGGGCGGGCAAUCACAAGCCUCGGGGACGACUCGUUGCAGAAAUUGCAAGAGGAACCACCUGGGAAAAUGUCGUGACCCUCCCAGAUGCUACCAAUGUGGGAACACCGGGCACAUGAAGAUGAAUUGCCCACAACUGGGUGGAACAAGAGCCUCAGGACCAAGUAGUGCUACUACCGGGGCACAGAAUCAAGCCGGGGCUUCCCAAGCAUCUAGGGGACAAGGAGGAGCAAGCGCGAGUAACGCGCCAUCCGUGAACCAGGGAAGGACUCAAGCCAGAGUCUAUGCGAUGACGGAGGCGGAUGCUCAAGCUAACCCGGACUCUGUCGCAGGUAUUACAUCAAUUUUGAAUGUCUUUAGACUUAUUUUGGGUGAGGGGAGCUGUGGAGGUUGGGUACAGGUCAUCCCGGCGGCACUUCUCACCUGAUCUUUUCUCUAUAUAUAUCACAAUCACAAAUCUUCAUGUCUGGAAUUCCAGAUGGGAAUCCUCCGUCCGGACGGAGGCGUUUA